AUGGAGUUUAAAUAUAUAUUGAAAUUAAUAGUUAUAGUUUAUUUACCAGUACUAAUUACAGGUCAAUAUACUUUAAGAGGAGUUCCUGAAAGUUAUGCAGUGUUAGGUGAAAAUUAUACAUUACAAUGUGAUGUUACAGAUUCAUCUGGUCUUGUUAGAUUUCAGAGAAACAAUGUUUUUUUGUGUAGUAUAUUGUCUUCAACCUGUGAGAAUAGUUCUACAGAUAAUAGAUAUAAAUGUGGAUGUAUAAAUAAUAACAACAAACAACUAUAUCUCAAUAUAAGUAAUAUAAAUAAACAAGAUGAUACAACAUGGUCUUGUAAUGGUAAUUCUGGUGGACAAGGAUCAACUAAUGUAUCAGUUUAUUAUGGUCCAGAGAAUAUAAUAUUUAACCCUACUAGUGAUAAUAUAGAUGUUAUAGAAGGAAAGAGUCAGAAUGUCAACUGUUUAGCUGAUUGUAAUCUAGAUUGUAACAUCACCUGGUCUAAGGAUGGUUCAACAACAAUUCUAAAUAACCCUUUAUCACUUAGUACUAGAGAUCAAACUGGUUCUUAUAACUGUACAGUUAGACAUACUGUAUUAAAUAAACAACUAACAAAACAACUUAAUGUUCAGAUUUAUUAUGGUCCUGAUGAACUUACUUUCUCAUCAGAUGUAACUAGUAUCAAUAUAAUAGAAGGUAGAGAUCAAACUAUAACAUGUUUAACUGAUUGUUAUCAGUGUAAUUAUAAAUGGACUGGACCAGUUGCAUCAUCAACUAAAGAUAUUGUAUUGACUCAAAUAAAAAGAAAUCAGGAAGGAAACUAUAGAUGUGAAGCUACCAAUAUUAAAAAUACCAUCCCUAAAACAAGAUCUAAAUCUAUACAAGUUAAUGUACAUUGUCCACCAAUACUUAAAGAAGAACUGAAGAAAGAAAUAAGAGGAAAAAUUGGAGAAAUGGUAUUAUUAGAAAUAAAUAUAGAAGCUUAUCCUGAACCAAGUUUUAUAUGGAAACAGUUGAUGUCUGAUGUAGAAUAUCCCUUUGCUAAAACAGAGAAAGUUUCUGAAAAUAAUUUUAUAUCCACAUUAGAAUUGAUAUUAGAUCAAUCAUCGUUUGGUUAUUAUAUAAUUACUGUACAAAAUAUUAUUAAUGGUGAAACUAAAGCAAAAACCUGGGGAAUAAAAAUUAUUGAACUCGACCCUGGAACAAUAUCUUAUGAACAAUCUGGAUAUCAGGAAGGUUUAGGAACUGGUAUUGGAAUUGGUAUUGGAAUAUCUGCUGUAAUUGUAAUUCUGGUUUUACUGACAAUAUUUAUAUAUAGAAAAUAUCAUCCAGCCAAUAAGAAAUUACCAGAAGAAAGUUGA